GAAUAAUAAUAAUAAAAUAAUAAUAUUAUCUCCCCUUUAAUUUUAGUUUCUCUCUCCAACAACACAUCAUAACAAAGGACGAACAUCGUCACCACCACUAUCACCGUCACCACGACACCGCCGAAACGACGCCGUCGUCGUGUUUUUACCGAACGACAAUCUGACAAGACGAUCCGUUUUGAAUUACUCUACAAACAGAAAUGGAGAAUCACUUACUUGUCGAGAAGCUAGAGGUUUCUGAUCGGGAACUGUGCGGUUGUAGUGAGCAUUUGGGAUGAAUCACUGAGGACAUGUUUUUGAGUUAGUGUGGCGAAGAAAUUAGGGUUCUGUAUUAAGGUUUUAGCGAUUUUUGGAGAGGUUUAUAUUGGAUGAUCACUGUGGUUGCUGUUAUGAUUUAGUUUUGAUUGGGUUGAUUUUGAGAGAUGUUGAAGUGUUUAUGACGGUGGAUGGAUAGGUAGGGUCCAGGGAUAUAGUGUUGCAAUGGUGCGGCUUUUCGGACUGAAUCUCCGGGAAUCUGAUGAGUCGCCACGUGAAAUUGCACCGCGGACUCAUCUUACAAGUGACUCGGGCGACAGUGGGUGGCUCAUACGGUUCUUUGACUCGGCUUUUUUUUGUGAGUGGAUUGCGGUUAGCUAUCUUUACAAGCAUGACCAUGCUGGAGUGCGUGAUUAUUUAUGUAAUAGAAUGUAUACACUUCCUUUACCUGGUAUUGAAGGUUACUUGUUUCAAAUUUGCUAUAUGGCGAUUCAUAAGCCAAGCCCAUCUUUGGAUAAGUUUGUUAUUGAUAUAUGUUCAAAAUCAAUUAAAAUUGCAAUGAAAGUACAUUGGUUUUUAAUGGCUGAGUUGGAGGAUUCGGAUGAUAAUGAGGGUAUUAGUAGGAUUCAGGAGAAAUGUCAAAUAGCAGCCACUUUGAUGGGUGAAUGGCCGCCACUUGUACGAGUGCCGAAUGCAGGUUGGAGUCAAGGGAGUAAGAACCAAGUUUUAAACAAGAUAUUGUCGUCAAAACAGCGGUUGCUAUCAUUGACAUCUUCCCCACCGACACCUAGAACGUUAUCAUUUUCCCCGUCAUCGGGGAAUAAUUUGCAAGAGGAUGGUAGUCAGUUAUUGCCUGAGGACAAUAAGAUUUUUAAGAAAUUCAUCCCAGGGUCAAAAAUGAGGGAUGCUUUAUUGUUUAGGAAGUCAGUUGAGAAGGAUGAGGAAGAGAGUGAAAAGGAGGGGUUUUUUAAGAGGCUUUUGAGGGACAGUAAAGGUGAAGAUGAGGAAGUGACAUCAAGUUCAGAUGGGUUUUUUAAGAGGCUUCUGAGAGAUAGUAAAGCUGAAGAUGAGGAAUUGACAUCAAGCUCUGAAGGUUUUUUUAAGAAGUUGUUUCGUGAUAGCAAGAGUGACUCUGAUGAGAAGUCUUUAUCAAAAUCAUUGGAAGACGAUGAAAAGGAAGGGUUUUUUAAGAAGUUUUUUAAAGAUAAAUUUGAGGAAAAGAAGGAUGGGAGUGACCGGAACGAGGAUGAAGAUAUAGUGAACUCUGAGGACAAAGGUUCAAAAUCUACUGAAGACGAUGAAAAAGAUGGGUUCCUCCGGAAAUUCUUCAAGGAUAAAUUUGAGGAUAAGAAAGAUGGGAAUGAUAGAGUUGAUGAGGGGAAUGCUCAUCAUGUUGAGGGAGAAGAACCUUCAGAUUUUUCAUUGUUUCGAAGAUUGUUUCGUGUGUAUCCAGAACAUGCUAAAACAACUGCUGCAAAUGAAAACAGCAGCAAUGGUGGCUUGUUUGAAAGCAGUCCAGGUACUGAGAGCUUCUUUCGCAAACUGUUUAGAGAUCGUGAUCGAUCUGUUGAAGACUCGGAGCUGUUUGGUUCAAAAAAGCACAAAGAGAAGCGUCCUGGUUCCCCUAAGCAACAAAAUGAGAAGUCAAAUUCUAAGCCUCCCUUUCCAAAUACUGCGUCACAAUUUCGAAAAGGUGCUUACCAUGAAUCAUUGGAGUUUGUUCAUACACUUUGUGAGACAUCAUAUGGCUUGGUGGAUAUUUUUCCAGUUGAAGAUCGCAAAAUGGCCCUUCGCGAGUCACUUGCAGAGAUCAAUCUACACACACAUGAGGCUCAAAAUAAUGGAGGAAUUUGCUUUCCAAUGGGAAAAGGGAUGUAUCGUGUGGUCCAUAUUCCUGAAGAGGAAGCUGUUCUGUUGAAUUCUCGGGAAAAGGCCCCUUAUAUGAUCUGUGUUGAAGUUUUAAAAUGUGAUUCACCAAGCCAUACAAAGGACACCUCAAGUUCUCAAAAGCUUUCCAGAGGAGGAAUUCCUCUUGCAAAUGGUGAUGCAUUUUUGCCAAAACCACCACCAUGGGCUUAUCCUUUAUGGACUGCCCAAGAGGCAUAUCGCAAUAGUAUUGAUAGGAUGUCUAUGUCUACUGCUCAAGCGAUUGACCAGGCAAUGACUCAUAAGUCUGACACAAAAGGGAAAUUGGUCCAUGUGAGUCUUUCAGUGGAGGCACAAAUGCCUGGAAAAUCAAAGAACAUGGAAAUACCUGGUUCACAGUCUUGCAGCAAAUGCAGUCAAAUACAAACUGUUGCUUUGAAUGGUGAUCGAGCUAGAGAGAGUAUAAGCCAUUCUUCGAGAGAAGCAGAUAGCGGUGAUUUGGAAUGGGUAAGGGUUGUGUUGACAGCAAAUCCUGGGGUUAGAAUGGAAGACAUUGAGAAUCAACGGCCACCACGUCGAAAGGAACACCGCCGUGUUCCUAGUACUGUUGCUAUGGAGGAAGUAAAGGCAGCUGCUGCAAAAGGAGAAGCCCCUCCAGGACUCCCUCUAAAAGGGGCUGGUCAAGAUUCGUCGGAGUCUCAGCGAAGGGCUAAUGGUGGCACACCAAAGGCCACGGAUGCCUUAUCUGGUGAACUUUGGGCACUAAAGAAAGAGAGGAUUCGGAAAGUCUCAGAGCAUGGGAAAUUACCUGGCUGGGACUUGCAUUCUGUUAUUGUGAAGAGUGGUGAUGAUUGUAGGCAGGAGCAUCUUGCUGUUCAACUUAUUUCGCAUUUUUAUGAUAUAUUUCAAGAAGCGGGUCUUCCUCUCUGGCUUCGUCCUUAUGAAGUUUUAGUUACAUCAUCUUACACAGCACUCAUUGAAACAAUUCCUGAUACGGCUUCACUUCAUUCUAUCAAAAGUAGGUAUCCCCACAUCACAAGUUUGCGUGACUUCUUUGUCGCCAAGUAUCAAGAAAAUUCUCCAAGUUUUAAGCUUGCCCAGAGAAAUUUUGUCGAGAGCAUGGCUGGAUAUUCCCUUGUGUGCUACCUCCUGCAGGUGAAGGAUCGCCACAACGGAAAUCUCUUAUUGGAUGAAGAAGGACACAUCAUUCAUAUUGAUUUUGGUUUUAUGCUCUCCAAUUCACCUGGUGGUGUGAAUUUUGAGAGUGCUCCAUUUAAGUUAACUCGUGAACUUCUUGAGGUCAUGGAUUCUGAUGCUGAGGGAGUUCCAAGUGAAUUUUUUGACUAUUUUAAGGUUUUAUGCAUUCAAGGCUUCCUAACAUGCCGUAAGCAUGCAGAGCGCAUUAUUCUUCUUGUUGAAAUGUUGCAGGACUCAGGUUUUCCAUGUUUCAAAGGCGGUCUUCGAACAAUACAGAAUCUUAGAAAACGAUUCCAUCUAAGCCAAACAGAGGAGGUUUGCUUUUCAACUUGGAAACUGUAUCUAGACUGUACAAUACUUCAUUUUUGUGGUUGUCACGAGUUGUCUGUUGUUUUCUAUCAGCAAUGUGUGUCCUUGGUGCUCUCCUUGAUCAGCAGUAGUUUAGAUGCAUGGCGGACGCGCCAAUACGAUUAUUACCAGAGGGUUUUGAAUGGAAUAUUGUGAGGUUAAAUGUCAUUGGUGAUUAUCACAUGUUUGUUCCCGGCUGGCAAUGCCACCAUUAUACUGAAGCAUUCCGAUGAAAGUUACAUGUAAAUUUGCUGUGUGAUAUUAGGGUUCUGCUUCCCCUGCUUGACAGAAUUUGUUCAAUUGAUAAGGAUAGUUGAUAGCAGUUUGUUGCCUGUCACUCCUUGGUGCGAGAAAAUUUGCAAUUGUAUCGGAACAUACUUUCGAAAGUCUAGCAGGCUAAAAUUUUGUCAGCAGGGCUUUUUCUUUCUCUUCCCUCAUGUGCCAUAAACAUCUUAUGACUCAAAUCACCAAAUGGGGAAUUUAGUUACCAAAGGAGAUAUACAACACUGUACAGAGUAUUCCAUUGGGGAGACAGACCGAACCUGAAACGGAGUUGUUGAAUUUGGUGGGUUUGUUUGUACAUGGGGGACUUCCUGGUUGGACGGAAUCUGAUGUCGGAUAUCUGAUGACCUUUUCCAGUCUCAGUUGUUUGAUGGUAUGUUUUCCCUGUUUUUGAUUCUUCCAUACUUAGGUUGAAAGCUUGUGUUAGCAAAAAUUAUGGAAAAGGAAUAUUCGAUUGUAUCAUUUCUCAUGUUUUUGUUUAUCCAAUUUUAUUUUAUUGAGAAAUCUGUUCAUUUUUUUUUUCAAUUUUAAUUUUAAAAAGAGCAUAAAUACAUGUAAAUUCAUGGGGUUCUCAUAGCCCCCAACCAUUUUUGCUUAUGUUUAUGUGUGUUUGUGGCAGCUGAACUUUCUGAUAUCAUUAAGUGGAUUGACAUUUUUUGUGCUGA